CAACUUAAGCUGAGCUUUGCUGCAGCUCCGGGCGGGAAAACCCAGCCCCGGCCUCAGCAAAGGGUUAAUUGUUCCUUCCCCCUCACGGCUCCGGCUCCCGCCAGGCGGAAGUUGGAACGAGCAAUUCAAGUUCAACCCUUGUUUCUGUGCAUGAUUUUUUCCCUCAGGAACCGGCCGGGAAGGAGCUCCAGGGAUGGCCCAAGAUUCCCAGUGCCAGAAUUCCCACCUCUAUUACUACAGCAUCAAAUUUGCCCUCUCCACCUACUCCACGCUGUUCUCGAUCCUGGGCCUGGUGAUCCUGUGCAUUGGGAUUUAUGCUGAGGUGGAGAGGCAGAAGCACAAGACCCUGGAAGGGAUUUUCCUGGCUCCAGCUGUGAUCCUGCUUCUGCUGGGAGUCACCAUGUUCCUGGUGUCCUUUGUGGGAAUGGUGGGGAGUCUCCGGGACAACCGGACACUACUGAAGACGUUCUUCUGGGUCCUCCUGGUGAUCUUCCUCACGGAGCUGCUGCUGCUGUUCAUCGAAAUCAUCUUUGAGAACAAGAUGAACGAGGUUUUCCACUCCAACAUCCAGGAGGGCAUCAGGCACUACUACGAUGACCUGGACUUCAAGAACAUCCUGGAUUUUGUGCAACAGAAGUGGUUUGCUGAUACGAGGGGAAGAGGAAAGUUUGAUUUGAAUUUCAAAGAGCUGCCAGAGCUUCAGUUCUUGCCCAAACUCAAAGUAAAGCUCAGAGAGUUUUCCUGCUGUGGUGGGGAUGAAUAUCGAGACUGGGGGGUCAACCAGUACCACUCCUGUAACAGCAGUGGGCCCCUGGCCUGUGGGGUGCCCUACACGUGCUGCAUCAGGAAGGCCCCUGGAGAGGUCGUGAACACCCUCUGUGGGUACAGGACACUCAACAAAGAGCGCUUGGAGCUGCUCAGCAUCAUCCACGUCCGGGGUUGUAUCCACGCCGUGGGGCUCUGGCUCAAGGACAACUUUGAGGCCACUUUGGGCAUCGUUUGCUCCCUGUUGCUCCCACAGGUGGUGGGGCUGGUGAUGGCCUGGCUCUACUGGCAGAAGCUCAACGAGAUCUACUCCAAGCUGGACACCGUGGACUUCAGGAUCCUGGAGCUGCGGGAUUUCAGCUUCGGGGCCGUGGAUCUGAGCGGCGCCGGCUGGUGCUGGUGCUUGCCCAGGGAAGGGGGGUACAUCCCUGUCAACCCUGGGGACGAGGAGGAAGAGGAGCAGGAGGAAGGCAGCACCUCCCACAGCAAAGUGUGAGGAGCUGGAGGACUCAGAAAGCUCUGGAGGAGGCGGCGGGUGUCGGGCGUGGAAAUAAUGUGAUUUAUCUUCUCAGGUUCUGGAGGUGCUUUGGGGAGAAGGGAGCACUGGAAGGUUCAAAAACCCACCAUGUGGGCACAGGAGCUCCCUAGGGUCCUCCUGCUUGGCCUUUUGAAGUGUUUGUGCAGCUCCUGGUUGGGGUUUGGGGGUUUUUUUUAUACAAUAAAUGUGAAUU